AUGCUCAUGACAGGGCGUACCGGUACUGGAACAAUGAUGUCCAAAUUUUCUGCAGGAUUCCAGGCAUCUCACGGCUCCGUCACCAUUCUGAGAUCUACGCUAGAGUUCGAGAUCACAGGUGACCGCCCCCACAUGAUGUCAUCCACGGGUCGCGUUACUCGCGCAUCGCUGCUCUCCCUCCACAACCACAACCGCCAUGAACUACUCCGACUACACCGCCUCGGGCCAAGCCUGACCUCAACCGCGCACAUCUCCCCCGAUGGCCGCAUCAUCAUCUCUCUCGACCUGAAACGCGCGCUGCCCGACCUGCCCAUCGAGAUCGUACAGAACGUGCAGGAAUUCGGCGUCGACGCGUCGCAGACGUGGCGGAGCUGCCCCCCGCUUAGCAUCGUUAUCAUGAUCGUCGGCAGCCGUGGGGACGUCCAGCCGUACGUCGCGCUAGGGAAGUCGCUGGUCGCAGAAGGCCACCGCGUCCGCAUUGCGACGCACGGUAUGUUCCAGGGGUUCGUCGAAGAGCAGGCCUUGGAUCAGCUGGAGUUUUUUGACAUUGGGGGAGAUCCACAGGAGCUGAUGAGUUAUAUGGUGAAGAAUCCGGGCUUGGUGCCAGGGAUGGCGUCGUUGACGAACGGUGAUAUCGGAAGGAAGCGCAAGAUGCUCACGCAGGUCAUGGAGGGGUGCUGGUCGGCGUGCCACUCUCCGUCCACUCGCACCGGGCAGGCGUUCGUUGCGGACGCCAUCAUAUCCAACCCUCCUGCCUUUGCCCAUGUGCAUUGCGCCGAAGCACUCGGAAUCCCGCUCUUACUGAGCUUCACUAUGCCCUGGACGCCGACUCGCGCAUUUCCGCACCCGCUCGUCAACAUCAAAGCUUCUAAUGCAGAGAACGGGCUCACUAAUUAUCUCAGCUACGCACUGGCCGACAUCCUUACAUGGCAAGGAAUGGGCGACUUGGUCAACAAGUUCCGUAAAUAUACCCUGGGGCUUGAGGCACUCUCGUUGCGAUCGGGCCCCAGCGUCGUGGACCGUCUCAAAGUGCCCUGGACGUAUUGCAUGAGUCCAGCAUUGGUUCCCAAACCUGAAGACUGGAAGAAUCAUAUCGAUGUAGUCGGAUUCUAUUUUCUCGAUCUCGCAACAAGUUAUACGCCACCUGACGACUUGGCCAAGUUUGUACGAGCUGGGGACGCGCCUGUCUAUAUUGGUUUUGGCUCGAUCGUUGUGGACGACCCUGUGGCUUUGACCAACAUAAUAUUCGAAGCAACCGCCCAAGCAGGUGUUCGAGCCCUAGUGUCCGCUGGCUGGGGUGGCCUCGGUGGCCAAAGCAUUCCUUCGCACGUUUUCAUCCUGGGAAAUGUCCCCCACGACUGGCUAUUCUCUGAGAACCGAGUCUCAGCGGUGGUCCACCACGGAGGCGCUGGUACCACUGCGAUCGGGCUAGCGAAAGGCAGACCGACGGUCGUGGUACCCUUCUUUGGAGACCAGGCAUUUUGGUCGCUGAACAACUCGUACGAAGGCGAGAUGAUCCACAAAGCUGGGGCCGGACCGGAUCCCAUCCCUCAUAAGCAGUUAACCGCGCAGAACUUGUGCGACGCCCUCAAGUUUGCCGUCAGUCCUCAGGCUGGAGCUGCUGCUGGGCGCAUGGGCGAGCAGAUCCGACACGAGAAUGGGGUGAACCAAGGCGUGGACAGCUUCUACCGUCAUCUUCCGCUGUUGAACAUGAGAUGUGAUAUGGAUUCGGCGCGGGUGGCUGCUUGGUGGUCCACAGAGCAUUGCUUGAAAUUCAGCACGUUUGCAGCUCAAGUCCUCAUCGAUGCCAAGCUCAUCAAACCGGGAGACCUUGAGCUCCAUCGUUCGAAGGAGUAUGACUCGGUCAAAGAGAUAACCAAUCCUGUCACGGGCGGAGCGAGUGCCAUAUUCUGGACGGUGACGAACUACUAUGCGGGAAUUGCGCAGAUAUUCUAUAUACUCUCUGAACCUCUCCAACUCGUGGCAGGCGUGAUCGAUAUCGUUUCGUCCAUCCACCAAGGGGUGGCGAAUGUUCCGAAACUGUAUGGUUCCAAAGUACGCAAAGCAGGCAAGGUGGGGAACUUUGCAGACGGUGUCAAGGAGGGUGGGAAGGGCCUGUUUUUCGGCUAUUACGACGGAAUCACCGGCUUGGUGCGGGAACCGUAUGAAGGCGCACAGAAAGAGGUACUGUGGCGGGCCUUCAAGUCACAAUAUUCAUUGACUCAAUUCAUUAAGGGUUUAUCGGUGCUGUUAAAGGCUCUCUGCGGAGCUUUGCCAAUGCGACGAUCCGGCCAGCCGGCGGCAUCGUCGGCGUGGUCGCCCCCCCGUCAUGGGCCUGUGGCGGAGCGUGCAGCCGCCUGCGACGCGGAAGCAGGAGCUUCGGAUCCGAGAAACGAGGCUGGCGCACGGGGUCGAUGCCGCGCGGCGGGCACGCGCCAGCAGAAGGCGGAUGUCGUGAGCGCGUUCAAGGAGCUCGAGCGGACGAAGAUGGGCAGGCAGAAGCGGUGGCGGGAGAUGGCUGAGAAGGAGAUGUAUAAUGAUGGCGAGGGACAGACACAGCGGGCGGGGCCGUCGUCGUGAUGGGGGUUAUCUGUGAUAUUAUCAUGGACAUCUUGACCGAUUCUUUU